AUGGCAAUGUCGGUGGAAAUCGGAGGAGGGACGUUAUCGGAGAUAUAUCAGAGCGCCAAGAAGCUAUUGUUGAGAACAAGAGACGGCCUUGAGAAGCUGGAGAGAUUGGAGAACGCAGGCGGCAUCGACUCCCCGGACCUUUCCACAUCCGUCAAAAGAGACAUUUCUCAGAUUCAGUCUUUCUGCGCCGAGAUGGACCGCCUCUGGCGAUCUGUUGGCGCCAAAUCCCAACGCGAUCUCUGGAAAAGAAAAGUAGAACAAAUAGCGGAAGAGGCUCAGUCUUUGAAAGAAAGUCUGGAUAAGUAUAAUUUGAGGAAUCAGAAGAGGGCUCAAGAAGCCAGAGAGAGGGCAGAGUUGCUUGGAAGAGCUAAUGGGGAGGGUGCUCAUGUUUUGAGAAUCUUUGAUGAUGAGGCACAAGCAAGGGCGUCAGUUCGUAGUUCUUCUCGCAUGCUUGAAGAAGCCAGUGCUACUGGAGAAAGUAUUCUUAGGAAAUAUGCAGAACAAAGGGAUUGGCUAAAGAGCGCACAACGAAAAGGAUUGGAUGUCCUGAAUACAGUGGGUCUCUCUAACUCUGUUUUGAAGCUCAUUGAGAGGCGGAACCGUGUUGAUCAGUCGAUCAAGUAUGCAGGCAUGAUUCUGACUGUUGUCAUUGUUGUGUAUCUCAUAUGGAGGUGGAGGUGA